AUGAGCGGCGUACUGGGCCUCUUGUGUUUGACAAGUCUGACCAUGACGGCCAGCGCCGUCAACUUGACCAUCACGGUGACUUACGAUGCGUUUCCAGAGGAAACCAUGUGGACGUUUGGUAGUCCAAGCACUGAACUGUUCCGUCAAGACUUCAAUAGCUGGAAUGCCACUACGGAUGGUCUAGACCGCUCCGAGACGUUUGAUGAUUUGACUCCUGGCAACUACCAAUUUGUCAUGGAAGACAGUGCGGGAAAUGGCAUUUGUUGCGGCAGUGGCAUGGGAACCAUUGUCAUGGCGGACGAUGCCGGAGUUGUCUACCAGCGCUAUGGAAUCUUUACCGAUGCCCUACAUGUCAACCUACAAAUCAGUGCCCAAGGCGUGGUCAAUGCACGGGAAUUUGAUCAGAACCCAACAGACAUUUCGAUAACCAUCAAGAAAAAAGAUGAUACAUACUUCAACACGGGAUGGCUCGACUUUUACUCCUACACUCCAGUGCCCGCCAAUGCUAACCAACUUUGGUCUGAAACCUUUGACGAGGUGGAAGCUGGAGUCUACUAUUUGCGCAUCGAGGACAGCGCCGGCAAUGGCCUAGGUCCUGACGGAUGGAUCACCAUGACCAAUCACACGGAUGUCUUUUGGCAAAUGGCCGGGGAUGGCUUUUCCACUCGGCUCGACCGGGCAUUCAUGGUUCGAGGUUGGUAUGGCAACACGGUUCUCGUGAAUGGUUAUUCUCUCUCAGACUAA